CGGUGGCAAGCCCAGGGACCAGAUGCUGUGAAACCGGCCCUCUAAUGAAGCGCUAAUGAAGUGUGAAUGAGAGAAAGCCCGGAUGCACCCCAAGGCGCCCUUUUCAAGCGGAGCACGCGGCAUUCCGCAGGAAAAACAAAAUCAAGUGAUCUCUCAGCUUGACGUUUUAUUGUUAUUUCAUCAUUUUAACGCAAUUGAAUUCUAAGAGGUGUUCGGUGGUUUAGGCGAAUCCUGUGAAGAAUCAAUAUACCAUAAAUGCGCAUAGCAAAAAAAAAAUUACAUGCUGAGAGACAAGCAUCCACACAUAUGUUAUCGGCAUUAAAAAUGAUAUUAUGAAUGCUGAGAGAAAAGCAUUCAUAUGAAUGCUACUGUGCAUCCAGUGAACGCUAAGACUGAUGAGGGUGUGAAUAAUAAAAAUAGAGUGAACGCUGGAAGAAAAGCAUUCACACCUACUACAUGUCCAUAAUUUGUGUAAAUGCUAAAAGACACACAUUCCUAUUUUUGCUCUUGUAUGUCUUUUUUUUUUAAAAUACAAUGCAUAGUAUUUCUAUUGACUCUUCCAAAAGAAUUAUGUAAAUGCUGAGAAACAAGCAUUCCUAUUAUAUGAUUGUAUUCAAAAUAUUUAUUUUAAGCGUCCAAAGAAAAGUAUGAAUGCUGAGUCACAAACAUUCACUUAAAUGCUGCUGACUGUACAUGAAGAAAUAACAUAAAUGCUGAGAGACAAACAUUCUUUUUGGACCUAAAAAUGUACAACAUCCAAAAAUAUAUUGCUAUUGUACCCCCAAAAAGGAUGCAAAGCAUUCAAGCAUUCACAAAUGCAGCUGUCAAUCAAAAACUAACUGUGUGAAUGCUGAGAGGCAAGGAUUCCUAAAAUUGAUAAUUUCCCCAAAAAUAUUUUUUCUAAUAAUAGUGCUUUUGUAUGUCAAAAAAAUAUAUACAGUAUGUUUGGUGUUGUACAUAUUAAAAAAAUAUGUACAUGCUGAGAGACAAACAUUUACACCUCUUACAUGCUGAGAGAGCAGGAGGAGGAACAGUUAGAAAGAUGGAGGUGCGCACUGGAAAGGAGAGGAAUGAAGAUUAGCCGAAAUCAAACAGAAUAUAUCUGCAUGAAUGAGAGGGGUGGAGGGGGAAGAGUGAGGCUACAGGGAGAAGAGAUAGCAAGGGUGGAGGACUUCAAAUACUUGGGGUCAACAGUCCAGAGCAAUGGUGAGUGUGGUCAGGAAGUGAAGAAAUGGUUCCAAGCAGAUUGUAAAGGGUGGAGGAGGUGUCAGGAGUGUUAUGUGACAGUAGAAUCUCUGCUAGGAUGAAGGGCAAAAGUUUAUAAAACAGUGCUGAGGCCAGCCAUGAUGUAUGGAUUAGAGACAGUGGCACUGAAGAGAGAACAGGAAGCAGAGCUGGAGGUGGCGGAAAGGAAGAUGUUGAGGUUCGCUCUAGGAGUGAACAGGUUGGAUAAAAUUAGAAAUGAGUUCAUCAGAGGGGCAGCCAAGGUUCGAUGUUUUGGAGACAACGUUAGAGAGAGCAGACUUUGAUGGUUUGGACACAUCCAGAGGAGAGAGAGUGAAUAUAUUGGUAGAAGGAUGAUAGAUGGAGCUGCCAGGCAAGAGAAUGAGAGGAAGACCAAAGAGAAGGUUGAUGGAUGUCGUGAGGGAAUACAUGAGGGCAGUUGGUGUUAGAGAGGAGGAUGCAGAUAUAGAUAUAGAGAUAUAGAAAGAUAUAGCUAUAGAUAUAGAGCUAAGCUUACAUGGCAAAGGAUGACACGCUGUGGCGACCCCUAACGGGACAAGCCCAAAGGAAAAGAUGACCAGCAUUCCUACUAUUGCCAUGUUUCAGUCCGGCACAGUGGAAGGAUCUGUGCGUGGGAGAUAUCGUGCGCAUCCACAAAGACCAAACCAUCCCUGCAGACGUUAUGCUCCUCUGCAGCACCGAGACUCACAGUCUGUCCUACGUGGAAACGGCUGACAUUGAUGGCGAGACGAACCUCAAGUAUCGACAGGCUCUCGGUGCGACGCACGACGAGUUGACGUCGGAACCCUCAGAGUGUCGGCUCGCCAGCUUUGACGGCGUGGUGUUCUGCGAGGAACCCAAUGAUGGCAUGUACGCCUUCAGAGGGCAGCUGCACUGGAGAGGGGAGCGUUUCCUGCUGGACAACGAGCACCUCCUUCUCAGGGGGACCGUCCUACGAAACACGCAGAUCGCCUACGGUUUGGUCAUUUACACCGGUGCCGACACGAAGAUCCUGAGGAACUGUGGGAAACUGCGAGCGAAGAGAACUCGCUUGGAAAGUAGUCUCAACAGAGCGGUGAUAGGGAUCGUGGUGUUCUUGCUGCUGGUCGUUCUUCUUCUGGCCAUUGCCUGCGGGGUGUUUGCAAGCCGGGUCAUGAUCCGCACAGAGGUUCUGUCAGCUCUGGUUAUCAACGGUGACCCGGUAUACACGGGCUUCCUGGUCUACUGGAGCUACUUCAUUCUGCUCGGCCCGGCCGUGCCCAUCAUGCUCUACGUCACGUUUGAGUUGAUUCAUACAUUCCACAGCAAGUUUAUUAAUUGGGAUUUGGAAAUGUACUGGCCUCAGACAGACUGCCCAGCACAGGCCCGGAACACUUCCCUGUGUGAGGAGCUGGGCCAAGUGGAAUACCUGCUGAGUGACAAAACUGGAACCUUGACCCAAAAUCGUCUGCUCUUCAGGCAGUGCUGCAUAGCCGGGGAGAUCUACGGUGAUGCAUCAGUCAGGGCAGAGGACACCGAGCCGAUGGACCUCACCUGGAAUCCGUUCUCCCGUGGCGGUCUGUUCAUGUGGGCCCCCACCCUGGUGGAGCGUCUCCGAGCACAACGGUGUCCGACCAUCAGCCGGUUCUUCACCGCACUGACUGUGUGUCAUACUGUCAUGGCCCAGUGGAAAGAAGACGUUCCAGUUUACCAAGCAGCAUCUCCAGAUGAGGGGGCUCUUGUCGGCGCCGCCAGGGAGCUGGGCUGGGUCUUCUUGUCCAGAAGCAGAGACGUCAUGGUUGUCUCCGAGAUGGGUGUCACGCGUCACUAUAAGCUGCUGGCGUUGCUUGACUUUACCAGUCAGAGAAGACGGAUGUCAGUUUUGGUCCGGGACCCGGAGGGGUCUUUAAAACUGUACUGUAAGGGAGCUGACAUAGUGAUAUUGGAGAGGCUGCAGAGGGACUGUCCGCAUCAGGAGAGCACUGAACAAGCCCUUGAGCUCUUUUCCCAGGCUUGUCUGAGGACCUUGUGCAUUGCUGUUCGCUCGGUUUCCGAGACGUCAUGGGAGCAGUGGAGUAAAACUCUGGCUCGGGCUGCUGCCAUGGCGACCUUCGACCGCAACGCCCUGCUGGAGAAGCUUUAUGAUGAGAUGGAGCAAGAUCUCCAGCUUCUAGGUGUUACAGCCAUAGAGGACCGACUCCAGGAAGACGUUCCUGAGACGAUUUCUCUCCUAAAACAGGCCGGGAUUAAAGUAUGGGUGCUUACAGGGGACAAAAAAGAGACGGCAGUCAACAUUGGAUAUGCAUGUAAACUACUGGAUCCCGACACGAGAUUACUGGAAUGGCAGGAGUUAAGACAGAUCCUCCAAUCGCCAGACCCUGUGGUCCAUUUCCUUAAGAUCAAACAGACAGAUCUGUGGGCUGUCGAGAAGGAAAAGGCUGGAGUACAGACUGCAGUGGUCCUGACUGGUCCUGAGCUUACAGAGUUUGACCAGAGACCAGAGUGGGGCGUCAAGUUCAUGAACCUAGCCCAACAGUGUCACACAGUGUUGUGCUGCCGGGUGACACCUGGACAGAAGGCGGACGUUGUUACUUUGGUCAGGAAGCACACAAGCUCCAUCACGCUUUCCAUCGGUGACGGCGCCAAUGAUGUAAACAUGAUCAAAACAGCUCAUGUCGGCGUGGGACUGACAGGAGUGGAGGGAGGUCAAGCGGUACAGAACGCAGACUUUUCCUUGUCCUCUUUCAGAUUCCUGCAGAGGCUGCUGCUGGUCCACGGGCGCUGGUCAUACCGGCGCAUCUCCCUGUUCCUGCGCUACUUCCUAUUCAAGACCUGUAGCUUUGCACUGGUGCACCUGUGGUUUAGCAUCUUCAACGGCUUCAGUGCUCAGUCUAUGUAUGAGACAUGGUUCAUCGCUUUUUACACUGCCUUCUACACAUCAUCCCAGAUUUUGUUUGUGGCCUUCUUUGAAAAGGAUGUGAGUGCAGAGAACAGCCUGAAGUGGCCUGAGCUGUACAAGUGUGGACAGAGGCAGGAGCUUUCCGGGCCCCUGGUGUUGUUUGCUUCAUUGGUGUACGCUCUCUACGCUUCAUUUGUUCUCUUCUUCGUUCCGUGCGGAGUCUACUACAACUCUGCCGUCGACUACCAGACCAUGGCUGUCACUGUGUCCAUGGCAGCCGUAUUUACUGCCAACAUAGAGAUGGUGCUGUUGACCAGAAACUGGACAAAGUUCAACAUAGGAGCCGUGUGUGUUUCUUUGCUGCUCUACUUCAUCUGCUCCAGGAUCACACACAGCAAGUUCUUGUUCCAGAGAGCCCCCGCUGAUUAUUUAUUUUACGGUGCGUCUGACGAGGCUUUCACAGAUCCAGUCGUGUGGCUCACUGCUCUGCUCACUGCCUGGACAGCUGUGUUGCCUUCAAUGACCUUCCUCGCCCUCAGUGUCAUCCAAAACAUCCACGGCAAACAUAAGGUUCACAGCAGAUCCCAGCAGCCAGUGGAACUGAGAUCACAGUUCGGAAGGAAGACUUCUCUUUGUCGUUCAUCAUUUGUCGUCGCCCAAGGACCUGUCUGAAGCACAGUCUUGGAUUCGGCAUGUAGGAAUGGCCGUAAAGGAGAACACAACAGUGGUGGAACUUGAUGGACACUUGAAGAAACCAAGAAAUUACCACUGACCUUUGAGAAGACAAAUAUUGCAUUAUUGUAGAGCAGUGGUAGUUCAUUUUCUGUAGAGCCCGCACUCACAUUAAAGACAAUUAUUUUCUAAUAAACUGUCGAAUUUA